CUCGAGUCAGCCUGCAGUAUAUAUACAUAUACCCUGCAAAAAGUGCGACCAGUUGGCCACUUUCCUCGCUCCCCAGCACAACCCCAGCAGAGUAUGUCGUCGGACACUGAUGCGAACAAGAAUGUGGUUGUCCUGGGCGCAGGAGUCGUCGGUCUUACCACCGCCGUCAUGAUCCAAGAGAAGGGCCGCUAUGACGUGACCAUAAUAGCAGAACGGUUUCCUACCGAUCCCAAGUCCAUCGACUAUUGCAGUGCAUGGGCCGGCGGCCAUCAUGUCAGCUUUGCUAAUGGCGACGAAAGGAUGCAGAAAAUCGACUCGGCAACAUUUGACAAGAUGUGGGAGCUCUCAGAGCCCGGUGCGGACGCUGAACAUUGCUUCCUACGCAUAAAGGAAACUCAGUUCUUUUACGACGGCCGAGAUGGCCACUACAAUUGGUAUCCUGAUUACGAGGUCCUGCCGCAGGGCUCCCUCGUCGGCGUACCUGGCGCUGAGACUGGCUGCACGUUCAAGACACUCACCUUCGACGCACCGAAGUACGUCGCGUACUUACUGGCACGUUUCCUCUCCCGCGGAGGCACCAUCGUCCGCGGCAGGGUGUCGCAUGUCAGCCAGAUUGCGGAAGGCGGAGUGGACUUGUUCUCGCGAGGUGUAGCAUCGACGAGGCCGGUCGAUGCGAUCGUCGUCUGCACGGGCCUGGGAGCAUCCACGCUCGGAGGAGUUGAAGACAAAGCUGUGUACCCUGUCCGAGGGCAGGUCUUGCUGAUUAAAGCCCCCUGGAUACGUUUCGGGAAGACCGCGAGUCACAAUGAAGACGGCCUCUGGACAUACGUGAUCCCGAGGCGGAAUGGCGAGGUGAUCAUUGGAGGAACGAAGCUAGAGAAUGACUGGUACCCGGCUGGGCGCCCGGACACUACUGAAGACAUCUUGCAACGCUGUCUGGCCUUCUGUCCUGAGCUUGCACUACCCGAGAUCCGCGCUCAGCGCGCACCGACCGUGGACGAUCUCCGCGCGCAGAUUCUUGAGGUUGGGGUCGGGCUCAGACCGGCUCGUAAGGGAGGCCUACGCUUGGAAACGGAGUGGUUGAACACUCCUAAACCCGACGUCAAGAUACCUUUGGUCUUCAACUACGGCCACAGCGGAUCCGGCUUCCAAUCGUCGUGGGGGUCAGCGGCGAUUGCAGUGGAGUUGAUGGAGGAUACUUGGCAGUCAGCAUGAACUGAGUUGGCUAUGUACGACCAUUAUUAUAUUCAUAUCAGUACUUGACCCAAAUUCGACCUGGAAGGCAUGUGCAUGUACUAUAACCAACCUCGAAUACGAGGCCGUUUGAUAGCUCGACGACCAUGCUUAAUAUUGACAUCGACGGCGGGCGCCGAUAUGCCGGUACGCGCUGUUCCGCGCGAUCCGCGAUCACACGUACCACACCAGCGACGGGUCGAUCCACGAUGUAACUUAUUAUAAUUACAC